UUCUGUUAGAGUAAUACAAAUGAUGAAGGGAAGGUACUGUAGAAUGGACCGUUAAGCAAUAUCAAGAUGAAUUCUCUCUCUCUCCAAGACAUAAUAGAUAGAAGAGAUAGAAAAAAGAAGAUAAAGAAAUGGGAGGGUACGCGUUGGGUUCGGCGUUUGAUUCAAAAUCAGGGCAGAUGAUAAUGGUGGCAUUGCUUUUAAUGGUUGGCUCUUUCUACGUUGGCAACCUGUUUGGCAACAAUGCUCCCAUUUACAUCACCCAAGACUCUGAUACUUAUUCUUCUUCACCAUCUGUAUCUGCAUCUUCAUCUUCCCAUGCUAUAUCUACACUUAUUAACAAAGUUGCUCUUACUUAUCGAGAAACACCACUUGUAAUCCCACCAAAUGGGAUGAAUAUAUGUCCAUUGAAGUUCAAUGAGUAUAUCCCUUGUAAUGACAUCAAUUAUUUGAAGCAAUUGAUUCAAAGCUUGAAUGUUUCCAGAAGAGAAGAGCUAGAGAGACACUGUCCUCCACUUGAAAAGCGUUUAUUUUGUUUGGUGCCACCACCUAAAGAUUAUAAAAUUCCAAUAAAGUGGCCAGUGAGCAGGGAUUAUGUUUGGCGAAGCAAUGUGAAUCAUACACAUCUUGCUGAAGUCAAAGGUGGACAAAACUGGGUGCAUGGGAAAAAUCAGCUGUGGUGGUUUCCUGGUGGUGGUACUCAUUUCAAGCAUGGCGCAGCUGAGUACAUUCAAAGGCUAGGAAAUAUGACAACUGAUGAAACAGGUGACCUGCGUUCAGCAGGGGUAGUUCAAGUUCUAGAUGUUGGAUGUGGAGUGGCCAGCUUCUCAGCUUAUCUUCUUCCCUUGGAUAUACAAACAAUGUCUUUUGCUCCCAAAGAUGGUCAUGAAAAUCAGAUUCAGUUUGCUUUAGAGCGAGGAAUUGGUGCAAUGAUCUCUGCCAUAGCCACAAAACAGUUGCCAUAUCCCAGUAACUCUUUUGAGAUGGUUCAUUGUUCUAGGUGUCGUGUUGAUUGGCAUGAGAAUGAUGGUAUUUUACUCAAGGAAGUGAACCGCCUCUUGCGACCUAAUGGGUAUUUUGUCUACUCGGCUCCACCCGCUUAUAGGAAGGAUAAAGAUUAUCCAGUAAUUUGGAAGAAGUUAGUGGAUCUGACGACAGCAAUGUGCUGGAAACUUAUUGCUCGUAAAGUUCAGACUGCCAUCUGGAUCAAAGAGGAAAAUCCAUCAUGCCUUCAGCUUAAUUCAGAGUUGAAGCUCAUUGAUAUUUGUGUUGCUGUAGAUGAAACUAAACCAUCAUGGAAGACUCCUCUAAUGAAUUGUAUACAACUAAGACAUGCAAUAACAAAAACUCGGAAGCUCCCUCCUAGGCCAGAGCGUCUGUCAGUGUAUUCGGAGAGUCUCAGUAGAAUUGGCAUCAGUAAAGAAGACUUUAGCAUGGAUUCUGACUUUUGGCAAGACCAAGUACGCUAUUACUGGAAGCUGAUGAACAUUAGCAAGACAGAAAUACGAAAUGUAAUGGACAUGAACGCCUUUUGUGGUGGAUUUGCUGUUGCUUUGAAUGAAUUUCCUGUUUGGGUAAUGAAUAUAGUUCCUUCAAGCACACAAAAUACCUUAUUGGCAAUUUAUGACAGGGGUCUUAUUGGUGCUUUUCAUGAUUGGUGUGAGCCAUUUUCAACAUAUCCACGCACAUACGACUUGCUGCAUGCCAACCAUCUCUUCUCUCAAUAUAAAAAUAGUGGUGAAGGCUGUCAGCUGGAGGAUAUCAUGCUUGAGAUGGACCGUGUUUUAAGACCUCAGUGUUUCUAUCUGAUAUUAUGUCUAUUUUCUAUCCUUUGUUCGACCUCAGCUACAAACGCAAUGACCAAAGGAUUUGUUAUAAUUAGAGAUGAAGAUUAUUUUACAUCAAGAAUUCAAGAUCUUGCUCCGAAAUUUCUGUGGGAGGUUGAAUCACAUGUUCUGGAAAACAAGGAGAAGCAAAGAGAAACUGUGCUAAUUUGCAGGAAGAAAUUCUGGGCUAUUGUUUAACAAGUUACUGCACAAAAAUGCAUUACUAAUGCUGCUCUUUCUGCAGCCCCUCCAAGCCAAAGGUCUAUAGUUACUCUUGUACCAUGAGUUUCAGUUUUUGUUCUCCUUUUUACCCCUCUAAUUUGUAAAUACUAACCUUAUUAGUGCGAGGAAAAAUUGAUUUAUUGCUUGGUCAUCAUGGAGUAAUUUGUAAAUGUUCUACUGUUAAAAUAAAAUCAGCAGAUUCUUAUGGUGCACAUGCAGUUAACUACUAU